CCUUUCUGCCAGCUUCUGCCCAUACUCGCAGACUCGACAUCCAACCAUGGGGGCUCGAGGGCGUCCUUCGAGGUCCGUGGCCUCUUCAAGGGCCUCUUCCUCAAGAGUCGCCACCGAAAAGUCGUCCCCUGCACGCACCAAAGCACCCUCCAAGCGAAGCAUCAACCGAAGUCGAGGUCGACCUUCAGCAUCUGCAGCCAUCGAGAUCCCGGACUCUGACGACGACGAGGUUUCUGUUUCUGCUUCUACCUCGAAGGGAAUGUUCCAAGGAGUCUUUAUCCCUAAGGGUGGUUCGGCUCCUGCAAAGCGCCGUGGCAGGCAGUCUCAGUCAACCGCCGCUUCUUCCGUCGCCGAUUCAAUGGACUCUCCCAAUUACGAGACCCCAGGAACCAGCACUGUGCCUACGCCUGAUCCAGGCACAUCAAAAGCGAAAGUUGGAGCCACAGCCAGGGCCUUGCAACUCCAGUCAUCGGGGUAUGCUCUUCGCAGCGGGGGCGGGUCUUCAAGAAAACGAAACAUCACUGAAAUCACCGAUGAAGAUUUCGAAGACACCGAUGAACAACUUGCGGCAAAAUUGCAAAGAGAAGAAUACAACAUGGUGGCGGAUUCAGAAGAGAGCGAUGAUGAGCCUCUGUCCAAGCGCCGUCGUACCCGGCCGUCUAUGGUUGCUAUGGUAGAUGAUGACGACGACGAAGUUCCCCUCGCCAACAUUCGUCAGCGUCGAAAAAAACUUCCCCUCCGAAACCGUGGCUCCUCCACUGCUGCCCCUGCGUACUCGCUCGACAGCUCCGGGCUUUCGUCAGCCGCCUCGAUCGCCGAUACAGAGCUGUCCGAUUCUGUGUCAAUGAGCUCGGCAGACCUUAGUGAGGUCGAUGAUGACGACGACGAUGACGAUUCAAUCAAACCACCGUGGGCUAGAGGCCGGAAUACAUCGAUAGAUUGGACAAAGAUGACCCAAGAAGAGAUUAUGUUCUGGGCAGACCCAGCAAAGCGACGUCAAAUGAGGGAACGAAAACGGUUGGAAAAAGCCCACCCAGACAUCAAAACCAUGUGGACAGACCUUGCUAAAAUACCAGUCAUCAAGCCUGUGCAAGCGCCACAACCAACCGGGAUCAGUCGCAAGCUCAAACCCUUCCAGCUUGAAGGCUUGGACUGGAUGAUGAAACAGGAAAAGUCCCAGUGGAAAGGCGGCUUGCUCGGUGACGAGAUGGGCAUGGGGAAGACCAUUCAGGCUGUCAGCCUUAUUAUGUCCGACUACCCUGCUAAGGCUCCUAGCUUGGUGAUUGUGCCUCCAGUGGCCCUAAUGCAAUGGCAGUCGGAAAUUAAAGAGUACACCAGUGGAAAGCUGAAGGUGCUGAUUUAUCACUCUUCUGCCAACCCGAAAUGCAAGCUUCUCACUGUCAAGGACCUGAAAAAGUACGAUGUCAUCAUGGUGUCUUAUUCAGGCCUGGAGUCGAUGUACCGAAAGGAGCAGAAGGGUUGGUCCCGAGGUGAGGGGAUCGUCAAAGAGGACAGUGUGUUGCAUUCGAUCAAGUAUCACCGGUUGAUCCUUGACGAAGCCCACAGCAUCAAGCAGCGCACCACCGGUGUGGCAAGAGCCUGCUUCGCCUUGAAAGCCACCUACAAAUGGUGCUUGUCUGGCACACCUGUUCAGAACCGCAUUGGUGAAUUCUUCUCACUCCUACGCUUCCUCGAGAUUCACCCGUUUGCAUGCUAUUUCUGCAAGACAUGCGACUGUCGUGAAUUGCACUGGUCUCAGGACGACUCGAAGAGGUGCGUCAAAUGUAAGCACAGCGGCUUCAACCACGUCUCCGUGUUCAACCAGGAGAUUCUCAACCCGAUCACCCAGGGAGACAAUGAGAAAGUCAGAAAGGAAGGUCUGGACAAGCUGCGUCUGAUCACGGACCGCAUCAUGCUUCGUCGCAUGAAGCGAGACCAUACUUCUUCCAUGGAGCUACCGCCCAAAGAGAUCGUUAUACACAAUGAGUUUUUUGGGGAAAUUGAACGUGAUUUCUCCCAAAGCAUCAUGUCAAACUCGACUCGCAAAUUCGACACCUACGUUGCGCAAGGUGUGAUGCUGAACAACUAUGCCAACAUCUUUGGUCUCAUCAUGCAAAUGAGACAAGUCGCCAAUCAUCCCGACCUGAUCCUGCGCAAGAACGCAGAAGGCGGCCAGAAUGUUCUCGUCUGCUGUGUCUGUGACGAACCGGCCGAAGAUGCCAUCCGUUCGCGGUGCCGCCACGAAUUCUGCCGCCAGUGCGCCAAGUCAUACGUCCAGUCCUUCGCAGGUAGUGCCUACGGAGGUUCUGAGGAAGAUGCAGAUUGUCCUAGAUGCCACAUUCCCUUGGUGAUAGACUGGGACCAGCCCGAAAUCGAGCAGGACGAAGACAACGUCAAGAAGUCAUCGAUCAUCAACCGCAUCAAGAUGGAGGAUUGGACCAGCUCUACAAAAAUCGAAAUGCUCGUCUAUGAUCUUUACAAGCUUCGCAGCAAGAAACAGACUCACAAGUCUAUCGUGUUCUCGCAAUUCACCAGCAUGUUGCAGCUGGUCCAGUGGCGCUUGCAGAAGUCGGGAUUCAGCACGGUGUUAUUGGAUGGAAGUAUGACUCCUGCGCAGAGACAGAAGACUAUUGACCACUUCAUGAGUAACGUCGAUGUUGAGGUUUUCCUAGUCUCACUCAAAGCGGGUGGCGUCGCUCUGAACUUGACAGAGGCCAGCAGAGUCUACAUUGUCGACCCAUGGUGGAACCCUGCCGCCGAAUGGCAAUCUGCGGAUCGGUGCCAUCGAAUUGGUCAACGUCGACCUUGCGUCAUCACGCGGCUGUGUAUCGAGGACUCGGUCGAAUCAAGGAUGGUUUUGCUCCAAGAAAAGAAGGCUAAUAUGAUCAAUGGCACGGUGAACAAUGACCAGGUCGCGUUGGACAAACUGACGCCAGAGGACAUGCAAUUCUUGUUCCGUGGUUCUUGAGGAACAGGAGAGUCAAAUCUUUGUCGGAGGCAGGCAAUAUUGGGUGAGUAGGGGCUCUCUGGAGAUAGCGGUACGUAUGAGAGCAUGAACCCUGUCGAGGCGUCACAGGUAUGAAGCAAAUCGGGGAGCACACGAUCAGGGCGGACACGACGCAACACGACAUCAUGCCUAACGGACCCGCGGAAGGUGUCAUUGAUUUCGACAUCUGCAUUCUUACGAAGCUUUCACACACGCCCAGGCGGGACAGUCAUCUUAGGACUUGUUAUGCGUUGUAUUCUAUGCAAGAAUUGCCAACAGGGCCAGAUACUUGCGGGCUCCGUGCCACUCCUUGACAGCAUACUACAACGUAGGAGAAUCAAAAGUUGUUGCAUAUCGUGGAACUACUGGACGAACCUGAAGCCAACAGCAAUUGUUGAUCCUCACGGGCAAGACAAGUCAGAAGCAUUGGCCUUUCCCCAUUUGCCCCCAUGAUCGUCUUCUCACCACCUGUCUCCUUUCCUUUCUUUCGUCCCCCCGGAGAAGGACACGUCCUUCGAGGCUUAGGUCCUCGAAUCAAUGCAGGCUACAAUGAGGCCCAGGCGUUCAGGAAAUGCGCUGACAUAGGGCAGCGAAUAUCUGAGCGGAUAUCAGAGUGCAGGCAGACAGAUCUCGUAAACUAGAGACCGAGAAAGGAAGGAACCACAAACGGAGAGCCUUGUCUCAUCAGAUCGAUUGUUUCUACGACCUCGAUUCGAACAUCUAGCCUGAGUAUCUCGUCUCGGUCGUUUCGACGUAACGCAGCGAAAGAAUGAAAAUGCCUCACCACUCGC